AUGGAUACUCCAGAUACAAAACAACCCCCUGUCGAAAAAGACCCUCACCAAGUCGGCGAGAUAGUCGACACAGCAGACAAGGAUGUCGCGGCCCAAUUCCUCGCGCGCCUCGAUCCCUCCGUCACGUCGACCCCCGUCACGGCUGAAGAAGCACGCCGCGUCCUCUGGAAAAUCGACCUGAUCCUGAUCCCACUGAUCAUGGUAACCGUGAUCCUGGCCGCUGUCGACAAAGUCAUCAUCUCCAACGCGUCGAUCUACGGCAUGUCCGCCGACACACACCUCACGGGGAACCAGUACUCCUGGGUCGGAUCCAUCUUUUACUUUGGCUACCUGCUCUUCGAGUACCCAGCCGCCCUCCUCAUCCAGCGCCUCCCCGUCGCAAAGCUGUACGUGGGCAUGGUCUUUGGCUGGGCCGUACUCAUGCUCUGCACCGCGGCAACGCAGAACUUUGCAGGCCUCGCCUCCGUGCGCUUUAUCAUGGGCAUGCUCGAAGCAACCGCCUUCCCCAUCUCCAGCAUCCUCACCGUAAUGUGGUGGAAGACCUCGGAGCAACCGCUCCGCGUCGCCUUUUGGUUCAACCAGCUCUCCUCGGUCUUCGCGGGGCUCGUCAGCUACGGGAUCGGGCAGACGAAUACAUCCCUCGCACCCUGGCGCCUCCUCUUCAUCGUCCUGGGCGCCUUCUCCGCCCUCUGGGCAGGAAUCCUCCUCGUCUUCCUGCCCGACUCUCCAGUCCAAUGCUGGUACUUUACCGACCGCGAGAAAUUCGUCUGCCUCGAGCGCGUCAAGGAUAACAACACGGGGAUGGAGGAUAAGACGGUAAAGUGGUACCAAGUGCGGGAGUGUCUGGCCGAUCCAAAAACGUGGCUGCUCGCCCUGUUUGCCAUUGCGCAGAAUAUCCCGAAUGGAGGGCUCGUGACGUUUUCCGCGAUUAUUGUGAAUGGCCUGGGCUAUUCCCGCCUUGUCACGACGGUUCUGGGUAUCCCGACUGGCGUCCUCGCGACGGUCUGGCAGAUCUUCCUGGGGGUUGUGGUCUCGUAUGUGCCCAACAGCCGGUGCGCGAUCAUCGCACUCGCCGACCUCGUCCCGAUGAUCUGCGCAAUCCUCAUGUGGAAGCUCCCGCGCGAGAACAAAAACGGCCUCCUGGCGGCCUACUACGUCUUCUACACCUACUGGGCCCCUUACGUCCUCUCGACCUCACUCCCAAUGGCAAACACGAGCGGACACUCGAAGAAACUCACCACAAACGCCAUCUUCUUCCUGAGCUACUGCAUCGGCAACAUCAUUGGCCCGCAGGCGUUUCAGGCGGAUGAUGCGCCGAGCUAUUCCAGGGGGUAUGAGGGGUUGCUCGCGUGUCUGGUUGUAGCGGUUUUUUCGAUCGCUGCGUAUGGGGGGCUCUGUUGGUGGGAGAAUCAGAGGAGAGAUCGGGAGGCGAUGGAGGGUGGAGAGGAGGGUGUGCAGGGGCAGGAGGAGGUGGCGUUUUCGGAUUUGACGGACAAGGAGAAGAGGGGAUUUCGGUAUACGUAUUGA